UCCGCCGGGCCAGAUCCGCCUCGCCGGCUACGGCCGGCCGGGUUGGGAGACCCGCGCGGGGGAGAAGGUGAGGGGACCCGGCGGGCGCCUCCCGACAGACCGGGAAAUGAACGCUUGGAAAUCUGUCUGCGAGCGGACCCAUGAUCGAAGGACCAAAAGAGCCGCGUGAUCGCCAGACCUGGCCCUGCGACCCUAGACAUGGGCCAGACCUCGGUCUCCACGCUGUCCCCGCAGCCCAGCAGCGUUGAUGGACUGGACAAAGCUUCUAUAGCAAACUCAGAUGGACCAACAGCAGGUUCCCAAACACCUCCCUUCAAGAGAAAGGGGAAACUGUCCACCAUUGGUAAAAUCUUUAAGCCAUGGAAAUGGAGGAAAAAGAAGACCAGUGACAAAUUUAGAGAAACCUCAGCAGUUUUGGAAAGGAAGAUAUCCACAAGACAAAGUAGAGAGGAGCUGAUAAGAAGGGGAGUUCUUAAGGAAUUGCCUGACCAAGAUGGAGAUGUAACAGUUAACUUUGAAAAUUCAAACGGGCACAUGAUAUCCAUCGGAGAGGAAGCUACCCGAGAGGAAAAUGUAGUAAAAUCUGAAGAAGGUAAUGGCUUUGUAGCUGAAAAAGCACCACAUCUGGAGGAAAAGGCAGAAGAUAAGAAAGAGAACCCUGAAAACCACUCUGAAACACCGGCAGCUCCUGCUCCACCUCCUCCAGCUCUUCCUAAGCCUAAACCCAAACCUAAGCCCAAAAAAACACCAGUGCCUCUCAAAGGGGCUGCUGCUGGGGCCAGCCCCAAGGGUGACGAAGUGCCUCCUAGUAAAAAAAAUAUCAAGGCUCCUGGUAAGCAGGCCCCCGUCCCUCCACCCAAGCCAGCAAGCCGAAACGCAACCCGAGAGACCGCUGGUUCUUCUCAUCCCAAAAAAACAACUGGUUCCAAAGCAUCAGCAUCACCGUCUACUUCCUGCACCUCCUCUCGUCCCAAAGCUUCCAAGGAGACAGUUUCCAGCAAAACUGGGACAGUAGGAAUCACAAAGGGCAAGAAAAAAACUGGCAAGCAGCCAACGUCUCGACUGUCCACUGAUGCAACCCCUUCCGCCACAUCUGACGCUAAAGGAGAGCCUCCAGAGGCCCGGGAGGAGGGUCUCAACCCCGAGCAGACUGUCCCUGGCACCGAGGAGCAGACCACAGACAAACCCCGGCCAGACGUCCCUCCACCCCCCAUGACUCCGCCACCGCCUCCCCCCGCCCCGCCUCUUCCCCUCGGAGAACAGAGCUUUGUUGCUUCAGACACUCCUGUGGUCCUGGUCAACAACGGAGCUGACCUGCCCAUCCCUGCCUUAGACCCGAGUCCGCUUCUCUGGACUGAAGAGCCGACAAAUAGAACCACUGUCCACUCAGGCACCGGCUUAAGUGUUAGCAGAGAAAGUGCAAAAUGUUUCCCGACCAAAGAAGAGCUGGGGAAGGCCGCAGCACAACUGCUCAGCCCCAGGCUGAUGGGAGAAUCUUCUGAAUCCUUCAGUGUCCCGGAAGACGAAGGCCAAAGGGAAUACCAGGCCAAUGACUCUGACUCCGACGGGCCCAUCUUGUACACUGACGAUGAUGACGAGGAAGACGAUGAGGACGAGGAUGGCAGUGGGGAAAGUGCUUUGGCAAGUAAAAUACGACGAAGGGAUACCCUUGCUAUCAAACUUGGCAACAGACCAUCUAAGAAAGAAUUGGAGGACAAAAACAUCUUGCAGCGUACGUCUGAGGAAGAGAGGCAGGAAAUCCGACAACAGAUCGGAACCAAGCUGGUCAGGAGACUAAGCCAGAGGCCCACAACUGAAGAAUUAGAGCAGAGGAAUAUCCUAAAACAAAAGAAUGAAGAAGAAGAACAAGAAGCAAAAAUGGAACUUAAACGCAGACUCAGCAGAAAGCUCAGCCUGAGACCCACCGUGGCGGAAUUGCAAGCUCGGAGAAUCCUCCGGUUUAAUGAGUACGUUGAAGUCACCGAUUCUCCCGACUAUGAUCGCCGGGCGGACAAGCCCUGGGCCAGGUUGACACCUGCAGACAAGGCAGCAAUAAGGAAAGAACUCAAUGAAUUUAAGAGCACAGAAAUGGAAGUUCAUGAAGAGAGUCGACAGUUUACAAGGUUUCAUCGUCCAUAAUGAAGUGGGAGAGUCUUUGGAAACAGACUGAUCAUCUUUGGAGGAAAUCUCACUUCCUGAAAACCUGACAUUGCACUGGGAUUUGAAUGUGUAUGUUUGCUUUUAACUGGUGUGAGGGAAGCAUGUGCAAAGCACUGGGACGUAUUCCCCACCUGUCAGCCCAGUGGGGCCCACAAGCCAAGGGCGGGGUGCCGUGGCCUUUACUGUCCAGCAUGUGUGGAGGCGGUAAGGGACACCAUGGUUACACCAGUUACUCUUCAUCGAGAGUUUUUAACCAGAGAUGAACAGAAGACAAUCGCUGGCUGCCUGUUACCUGAAAGCCAAGUUUUAGAGUGCAGGUCAAAGAAAAAUGUGGACUGCAAUUGCUGGGGAGUGGAAUGGGGCGGGGCUGACAAUCAAAAAGUAAGAGGAAUAUUUCAUUACGUUAAUGAAGAAAAGAGAAAAUUAAACAUAAGUGUAUUUUUUAAGAGAAUAGUGGAGAAUUUAAGAAAUUUGGGAAAUCCCAGAGUGGAUUCCUUAAAGGCCUAGUCCUAAAAGGAAGUAAUUUUUUCACCAUUGUGUUGAUACAGUGUAAUACCAUUAUUUAAUGUUGUGCCAGUGAAUCCAAUUGCCAGAUGUAGGUCGUGAGUGUUCUCGUGCAUCAUUUUCUUGAUGCAGGCAGCUUCUAUUGACUCAUAACAUGCACGCUUAACCAAAUUUUGUUGCAAGCUUUAGGUAGCAGAACUAUUCACACUUUACUUUUUUUUUUUUUUUUAAGUAUUCCUUAUCUAAUAGGCCAUCAUGUCUGGGAAUAAAAUCUGAUAUAAUGUAGCCUUAUACAUCUGUAGCAAGUUUUAGAAUGAAGUCACCUGAUCUUUUUCUUUAUGUUUAUCCUCAACAUUGAAAUAACCAUACUUUAUCUAAGAAAGAUGAUAUUGACAAUCAUGACACCUUAAAAAAAAACAAAACCUGAAUCCAAAGUUAGAACUUUAAAGAAGUUCAAGUCUGUUACCAGCAGUUAGUCUGAAUGGGAAUACAAAGGACACCUGUUUUCAGCACUGUGUUAAGUUGAAUUGCUGCUAUUAUAAAAAUAAAGCAUAUAAUCAAAAAAAAUUCACCCAAAGGUUUAAAUAACAGAAAAUUUGGUCAAAGUUGCUGGUUAGGAAACCCUCAUCUCUUAUUUUGAGUCUGCAGGUCGCAUCCAUAAAUAUAAUAUCAACUGUCAAUGAGAAAGAAUCAGUGAGAAUAGUCGCUGGUUGUUACUUAUGAGCCUGUAAUCGGUGUUGUUUACAUUAAGUAACCGUCGGUUGUCACCGUGCUACUUCCUGUGGAGACUUGGGCCUACAUGUCUCCCAGAUACACAGGACUAUAUGUAAAUACUGCUUUUCAACACUUGAUCUUAGCCAAAAGGCCGAGAAGCGAUAAAUACUACUUUACAAUGACGGGUUGUUUCAAGUGUUUUGUGCCCUUCGAUUCAACACACACGAGAUGUAUAAUAACUAAACAAGACCUAACUGGACUUUCUUUUACUCUUGGAAGGUAGACGAGCAUUUUCUGAAAUGGUUCUGUUCAUAGACUAGAAGACUAAUUUUUUUACUUCAGCCAGCGAGCAAAUAUAUAAUCUGGAGGAACACUUUGGAUUCUGCCCUUCCUUUAUAUCUUAAAGAAUCACGUAAGUUGGAUGAUUUUGCUUAGAAGUAAAAAUCACUUAGUCCCAGUUGACCUGUUACAAAAAGCCAGGAGGACCAUUUGCAACCAAGAUGAGUAGCCAGUAUCGCUUCAGCUCUGCUUGCACUGGUCAUCUCUUGUCAAUCAGAUAAGGCUUAUUUUUACUUUAAAAUGUUCUGCUUUCCCACGUGUCUCUCUCAAAUUAAAGACUUGUCCAUUUUAUAGUAUUUAAAUCCAGCCAGAGACCUUUGUUCUAGUUUUUCACUGGUCAGCUGUUCUUCAUAUUAUUUUAUGGCCAUUUUAAUUUCUUGGGCAAAAGAGCACACAGUGUCAUUUUCCCUCUAAUUUUAUAUACUUACAAGCUUUGAACUUUGUUUUGAUUUCUAGCCCCAACACCUCUAUAAAAAAUGGUAUAUAUAAGACAUCAUUUUAUUAUUCAAGAUACCUGUCAUAGAAAGUCUAUUUGGUCGGAAAGGCACAGUCUUUCCCCACUUGGGGUGUAUGCAUAUGAUAAACUUUUUCAUCCCCUGCAGUGAGAUGCACCCAGUACAGAAAUGACAAUCUGACACCUCAAUAUAUUGUUUUCCUCAUUGGAGAGAUCAGAUUUAUGAACUACCCACACUUAAUUUCUUUAUACAGCUUGACUUGCUUAGAAAAAAAAUUUUGGAAGCGAGAAAAUUUAAAAAAUUAACUACUGCCAGCCUAGUAUUGAAGAAUUGGAACCACCAAUUAUUUCAUUAAAAGGAGUCUUCAAACAGCAAGCUCUGGCUAGAAUCAAAGGACUAUUGUUUUGUGCAGAAUUGGUUCAGUAAUAGUGACUAAUUUUCAAAAAGCAGAAACUGAACGUCUGCUCCAGCAGACCUCUCAGUGGGCUUCGGCUGACAGCCAUAAAACAUGCAAAGGUGGGGACUACCUUACAGAUAACUAUGCCUCUGCCUACGGCAGCCAGUCAGCUGCAGCUCUACAAAGAAAAUAAAUGUGUGUGGAUUGGGUGGUUAAGACAGAACUCCAGGUGUUUCUCUGUUUGAAGUGACGUUAGUCUAAUGGAGGGAGUGGAUUUUGCUGAAUCCACAGGAUAGGGUAAGGAAGAAAACAAACUCACCUCCAGGAAAGUCCCAGGCAAGAAAGAAAGGCAGCCCAGAGAAACGCUAAAAGCCCAAGCCACCAUUUACCUUUUGCUUAGAAUGAAGUAAAAGAGUGUUCAUGUUAUGAUACUAAGAAGAUACCAUGUGCUUUAUCCGCAUCUGGGUGGUCAUGACCAAUUAGUUUGACAAAGUCAGUUCUCUUGGUAAUCAGGGUUAAUUUUAGGUUCCCUACCAGAGAAUGUCUGGGUAGGUGAAAUGCCUGUUUUGUUUGUUUUUUUGUUGUUUUUUUUUUAUAGUCGAUGUAGCUUACUUUCAUUAAGUAAUCUAGACAAAAACUAUAUAUUCAGAGGAUCGUUUGGGGUAUUUAAGUAACCGAUUAAAAGGAUGAAAAACAAAUUCAUUUCUUCUGGUUUACCCAGAAAACAAGUACUUCUGGUAUCCUUGCCAUGCCCACUGUAUGUAUCUUGGUUACGAUCACUUAUCUUUGUCUAGUGUCAGCAAAGCUAGUGUUAGUAGAAAGUUCUAAAAUGGAAGUAAAAACCUGUUAAGGCCAUAGAGAAAUUGAAUAUACCUCUCAAAAAGCACCAAAUACGGAAAAUGUCUUAAAUCCCAUGUCAGGUUUUACACAAUGCAUUUAAUUCAGUGCUGCUUUGACAUUUAAAAAUAAGUACAGUAUCUUACAUUUUAAAAAGAGAGAAAUCUGCAUUAACACUGCAUCUUAGCUCAGAUCCACAUUUUUCCAUAUAAUGGGCAUUUUACUUAUGCCCAAUAGAGUUAGACAGACACAACUUUCAAAAACUGUACUGUAUUCAUCAUAGACAUAGGCAGUCACAUCUAUCACACAGUCGUUUGUCCAUAUUUAAAUAGUAAAAGCAUUCUUUUCUUCCUUUCUUGCUCAAAAGUUGGUUUGUAUUCUUUUAUCCAGCAUCACAUUUCACAGAGUAAGAAAUCUCUAGGAGCAAGGGAAACAAACUAUUACAAAAUGUGUAAAUCUCUUCAGUAUGGAGGCUUAAGAAUUCCUAAAUUUCAUUCCUAUUAUUGAGCCUAUCCUUAAUGGUAAAAGUAUAUACUGAAACAGGAGUAAUGGCUUUAUAUCAUUGGGGUAUCUUGUGAGCACUAAUGAACCACUUAGACACCUAUAGUUACAAAGUUCCCUUGAAAUGGCUAAUCUUCAACUACUGAGUAUUGCUCUCUGUUUAUUGGUAGGAUCUAUCACAUUGUUUCACUUGCAAAGCUAAUGACCUUCUAGAACUGAAAUAUGCCCUAAAGGAGAAUAACGGCAAAAGUGUUCAUCAAAUGGAAAUGGACUGUAAAACCCUAUUAAGGCAAUAGAAAAACUGAAUACAUCCCUCAAUACCAUCGUAUGUGGAAAAUAAUUCUUUCAGUCCCACGUCAGGGUUUACACAAUGCAGUUAAUUUAGUGAUAGUAUCAUCUUUCUCAGAAAAAAACACACCUCCAAAUAAUUCAAAGCCCAGUUUAAAAGAGCAGCCUACAGAGCCACUUUGCUAGUGACCAGUGAGGGGUGAAGGACACUUCAUGACCAUUCUCAUAGUCACUUUCCAUUGACUUUUUACAAUCAUUAAGAUUAAGUUCUUUAUGGAAAUGCAAACCACCACUAGUAUACCUAGAAAACAACAGAUAGAUAGUCAACCUAUCCAAAAUAAGACUUCCACUGUAAGAUUUCUACAAAAAAAAAAAAAAAUGGAGAGCCCUGUGGCAGUUACCCCUGCAUCAGAUCGACCCUAUUGGCAAGAGUUAUUUUUUGCUAUGCUAGAAUUUAUUGCACACACACAUAAAAUGUCAUUGAGCUUGUUGCAUUGCUAGCGCAGCUGCAUAUAAGAGCAAAACACUGUUGAUCGAUGUUUCUCAGCCGGGGUGCUGUUGGCAUUUACAGCUGGGCAAUUCUUUGUUGUACAGAAAUCUCCACUACAUUGCAAGAUGCUUAAAUCUCAGGCCUCUGCUGACUAAAUGUCAGUAGCGUUCCCAGUCUUUGUAAAAUCCAAAACAUAGCGCCCUCCUCCAUGUCCAAAUGCCCUUCUAGGAAGGCCGGACCUUCUUCCUUGAAUACCACUGUCAAUUUGGGGGCACAGGGAAAAGUGCCUACCUCAGAACAUUAUCUUCAUUCAUUGCUUUGCAUUUCUUUGGGCCCUUAAUACUGUCUUCCACGUUUAUUAUUUUCAAGCCUCUGCUUCUAUGCAGCUUUCAUUUGCCAAGUCUUCAAGGAGGCAGUUCCUGGGCACCUUGGCAGUUGCAGUGGGAGGAAUACAAAAAGGAGAGGCUUCCCUCAGCCCUGUACAAAAAAAAAUAAGAGGCUACACAAGAGGCAAACUUCUUAUUUUCCCUUCACCGCACAAUUUUACUGGAACUACACUGCAAGCUAUAAUGCUUGUCAAUAUCAUCAGGAUAGAUGCAUGGCUUAACCGUAACUAACCCCUCACAAAUGCAAAACUGGUAUUCUAUGAAAAUCAUCACUAGCUGUCACUUGAUAAACUGCAUCCACUACGUUCCAAAACAAGUAUUCAACCCAUGUGCGUAAGCUUGAUUCAAUCCCCCUCAUUAAUGGAGUCAUGCAGUUGGACCUUUGAGAGCUGUGUGAAUACUGAACUAUGAGGAAACAUGGAUUAACUGAGGCUUUGUAUGCAUUGUUCACACUUUGAUGUUGGUUCUAACACAAAACAAGAUGAGUUUUAUUGGGUGGAACAUUACUAAACUAUUCUAAGAAUACAUAAACAUACUUAUCUUCUUCCACUUUUAUCGCUGAAACUGAAUGAUAAACAUUAUUUGGAUGAAUUGGCUAAUUCAUAGUGGGCAUUAAGUUAGCCACUAUAACUUUUUUAAAUAUUCCAAUUUCUAAAUACCCUUUUUGAGGCAGAGCAACUGGGAGUUGAUAAAGCUAAGUUUAUAUGGUGAAAUUUUAGAUGGUGCUUAAGCCUUAUCUUGCUAUGAAGCAAUUUUUUUAAAGAAUAAAUGGAAGGGAUUAAAUGGGACAAAAUGCCACUUAACCCUCAGGUCAACUUUUUGGUGUAUUAAAAUGCCAAUAAUAUUUGUGCCACUUGCCAACUUGGGGGAACUUUUCCCUGACUGGAAACUUUUGCUCUAGUUUGUGUUUUGUCUUGAGAGAGCCAAUGCAAAGGGAAGUCGCCAUUAGAAUGCUAAUUAGCAUUCAGAAAACAUGCUGAAUGAAUCUAGGGUCAAACCACUUUCAUCCCUAAAAAUACAGGAACUAAUUUUUUUUUAAAUAAUUACUCUGUGGCUUAGAAAUGUGCCAAUGUGUUCAAAACAUUGCACCAAUUUCCAGAUUUAGUACUAAAAACUCAAACUUUUCAUUUUUUUCUAUGUAACAAAAGACAAAACAAAAAACUUUUCAUUUUUUUCUAUGUAACAAAAGACAAAACAAAGACUAUCUGCAUUCUUUUGUUAUUGCAAGUUUUGGUUAAAAUGAUAAGAAUGGUAAGCUGUGAUCAUUAUCAGACUGACUGAAUGAUUUCUGAUUUCCAGUGAGUGAUCUAAUUCUAUUACACAGGUAUAAUAUCUGUGAGUGUAAAUAACUGGAACUGUAAACUGAUUAACAUGACAGUUUCUCUCCCUUUUUUUGUGGUUGUUCUUGACCUGUACUGUAUUAUAGUAUGUGGGUAUAAAUAUCUACAAGUAUAUACACACAUAUGUAUAUGUAUCCCACUAUUGUAACAUGAAAGAAACUAUGUAUUAUCUUUUUUAUUCUGUACUGGUGUUUGUGUUAUUUAAAAAGCAAAAUUAUGCUCUAUUUAGUUGUAUAAUAUUAUAGGAUACCUUGCUGUGCACAAUUCCAAGUGCCUUAGAACAUUGUUUAGCUUUCUUAAGUAUAUAUAAAUGCAUAUAUGUAUAAAAUUGGGAAAAGUUACCUCAAUAAAAAUCAUUGGGAAAUCCC